AUGGUGCUGGAGGUUGCUUUGGCACCGGUGUGGUGCCAGGGGAUCAGGGUAUUUGCCUAUCUGGAUGAUUGGCUGGUCGUAGCGGAGUCGAGGGAACAGGUGGAGCUCCACACUGCCAUGCUGGUUUUCCAUAUUCAGUCUCAGCGRUGUGUGAUUGCUGACAACAGGAUGUUGGUGGCGUACAUCAACAGGCAGGGAGGAGGGGGUCCUAUCUCUACGGAGUGGAGACUGCACCCCUCGGUGGUGGUCCAGACUUGGGACCGGUUCGGCAGGGCCGACAUAGUUCUUACGUUUGCUUCCASUGAACAACAGAGGUUGCAUGGCCUGGGUCCAGUGCUAGUUUUACACAUCUAUAUGGAUUGGAUCAAGGAUAUCCGCAUUUUGGUAGACAGCAGGGGGAUUCUUGAGGGUCUACAGAGGUAUGGCCCCAUGCCCACCUACUUGCCUGUCAGCUACCAGGUCCUCAACACCGAGGCAGCCUUCUUUCUGAAGGAGGCCAACCAGGACCUGAUGAGGAACUCCAGCCUGCAGGCCAGGACCGAGCCCUUCUUCAUCCAGCAGGCCCGCCGGAUGCCCUCCAUCAACGCCAGCUAUGGACCCAUGUCUGUCCAGCAAACCAUCCCCCUGGAGCUCCUACAGAGCCCCGGACCCUUCAGUGGACCCUCUUUCACCUCCCCGUCAUCGUCCAUCUCCUCUUCUUCUCCGUCCCUUUUCACCUACAACUGGAAGGUCCAGACUUUCAUCAUCAGUGAGAGGAUCCACCCCAGUUGGCCCAAAGUGCAGGUGUUGUUCUAUGUGGUGGGCAGGGACUGGGAUGACUAUACCACCAUCCACAGGCUUCCCUGUGUCCGGAUGUUUGCCUUCCACGAGACCCAAGAGGUGCGGGGCAUGUGUCGUCUGAAGGGGGAGCUGGGGAUGUGUGUGGCCGAGCUGGAGCCCCUGGCUAGCUGGUUUAACCCCUCUACCGUGAGGCACGGCAGGCAGAGAGCUCCGGAGCAGGCCCAGGGCACCCCUGUGGAGCUCUACUACAUGGUACAGUCCACAGAGACUGGGGAGUGCAGCUCAGAGGACUUACGGAAGGGAAGUUCCAUGCGCACAGAGCACCAGGGGCCCAUGGGGUACUUCUCAGGGCCCACACCCAUGCAGCGUAUCGGGAGCGUGCGUCUGUUCCAGCCCAUGUCAGAGCUACGGCUAGACAGUAACUUUGUGGUGAUGGUGCCCUCUAGACCAAUCAAACAGAGGGAGACGGUCUCCACCUUCCUGGCUCUCUCCACGCUGUCACCUGUACAGAUCUUCACCCUUAGGGUGAAGUUGAAGGAUGGCGUGGCGUUCUUGGGGGCGCGGGCCAGUAACCCAGUCCUGUGGACGGUGAGUCAGGACGUGAGGAGCGAGGGGCACAGGGUCGUCACUCUCCACUGUCACCGCAACGAGAACACCUUCGGUCAGAGUGGGGGGGCUGUACCUCCCAGAGCUGCCCCAGAUGGAAGCACUCUGUCUGGGUUACUGUCCCGCUGGAUCUGGGCCUCAGGCAACCUCCAGCCCACCACAGAGCCGGAGGCGGGUUACCAGAAGGUCCUCCAGGUGGAUCUGGAGGUGAACGGGCUACUGGACCCGCUGGGCAGCCGGGUGGUGAUGUGGCAGGUGGAGUACCCUCCUACCCGCUCCCUCACUGAUGAGGUCCAGACCCUCAUCCGCCUGGCACCACAGGACUUGGGUGGCAUUGUGCCACUAGCAAUGCAAGCUGGCCGCCUGGAGCACCUGAGCAGGAAGUCUGGGCUCACUGACCAUGCUGAAGCCCACAAACUCCACCUCUUCACCUACAGAGAUGCCCUCAGUGCUGCCAGGUCUGCCUACUUCUCCAACAUCAUCAACAGCUCCAAUAAGAACUAG